CGCGGUCAGAUCUCCUCUUGCGGCUCUUCAUUUGUUGUCUCUUUUCCUCAUUCAGCCCUCGUCGAUCAUCGGGUCCAGUGGAUGUACAUCUUCCUGCUCGGCUCUUUUCAUCGCUGGGUUAUCGCGCAGUCUCAUCGAUUCUCGUAGUUUUGUGUUUUAUCUACGUGUGAAAGUCGUUUUUGACACCGACGCGAAGCAGCUGAUGUCGAGGAGAAAGCGAAUGUCCCCAUUGUUCUGAAGCACGCGCUGUUUGUCAGAGGCUCCUCCCGCCAGGUGAGCGAGGUGGCCGGCUGGGUGCCCGGGUGUGUCGGGAGAAGAAUUUCCAUGGAGAAGUUGUUUGCCAACUUCUGUCGCAAAUCGGAGAAAGAAGGAAACAAAGAGCUGGAGGACGUGUCACACAUGUAGUCGCUCGUCAGCCAGCAGUCAUGUCCAUUGAAUACACCAUUGAUAUCCAGCUAACGGAGCUGGGAUUUCCUGGCAUCCUGCAGCCACCGGACACCUCAGUCCGAGAGGUGUCCGGUCACCCUGCCAGCCCUCUCUCCAACACACACAAACGAAGACUGCUGUCACUGGAUGGCGAGGAAGUGGGUCCAGAAAAACGAACCGCUCAUGGUAAAAGGCUAGCUCCUGCACAGAGUGUGCAAGAUGACCAGGCUGCACACGUAGAGCUGUCAGAGAGCACAGUGGAUGUUCCCACCGCUGGACAGACAGAUGAGCCACAGCUGAUCGAUAAAGAGAAAGAAGACGAACAGGAAGGUGUUCACAAUGCAGAAGCUGCGCAGGACGGUUCAAAAGAGGAGCAGCAGGGUGUGGUGGAUGACUCAGACGACAGUGAAGUUUCAGAUGUGUUUGAGGAAGAAGAGGUUGACAUAGAAGAUGAUUAUGAGGAGGAAGAAGACAGCAUAAACAAUGAGUCGAGUCCUUCAGACAGCUACAGCUGCAGUGUCUGCAAUCUCCAGCUUCCCUCCAAAUUAGAGCUGCAGGAUCAUAUGAACCUGCACACCGGAGCGCGCCCUUAUUGUUGUGCCGAAUGUGGAAAGCGCUUCUGCCAGAUUCACAACUACCGUGUUCAUCUGCGCACACAUGCUGAGACCAAAGUGGGCCGUCUCGCCUGCAGAGUUUGUCGCGUGAGCUUUGCAUCACAGAAGGAUCUGGAUGUCCACCUGACGCAUACUCACUUGGAGAAUGAGUUCUACGAGUGCGACCUGUGUAAACGUGUGUUUACAUCAUUGAAGUUGUGCGAGUCUCAUGUGCGGUUACACAAAUGUAUGGUGCCUGUUGUUUGUAAAGUGUGUGGCCGCAAUUUCUCCUCUUCAAAAUCCCUAGCGCGCCAUCUGAAGAAGUUGUGCCACCACACUUUAAAAUGCACAGACUGCACAAAGACCUUUACUAGGAAGAAUGCUCUCCUGAAACACAGCUUCUCCCACCUUGGUUUGCUGCCUUACACCUGCAUACGAUGCCGCUGCCACUUCCGCCUGGCAGUGCUGUACCACCAACACAAGUGUGAACCUGAACGUAUUCACUGUGUGGCAUGUCUGAGAGAGUUUGUUAGUCAGCAGGACUUCCAGCAGCACAAAAAGGACACAGGCUGCUGGGGCAACCAGGAGCCUAAAGGGGAUGAGAUCAGAUGCUUGGAGUGCGGACAGAUGUUCGAUAGUUCAGAAGAGCUUAAGCAGCAUGCCGGUGCUCACCAGAGGGUACUGAAAUGUGCUGAAUGUGGAAAGGGUUUCCGGUCGGCCCUGCUGUUAAUGUCCCACAUGGGCGGUCAUGCCGGUCAGUCACCCUGCCUUUGUCAGAGCUGCGGACUGGGUUUCCCCCACCAGUGGAACUAUGACAGCCACCUCAAGACCUGUGGAAAAACACCUCAGCCUGGGAGUGCUGCCAAAAAGCAUCAGGCUUCAAAGACCUCUUCAUCUGAGAAAAAGAAGCUCAGUGCAAAACCAGACUCAUCAAGUUCAGCAAACGUAGUCGCCAUGCCUGCCACUGUUUGCAACAAAGCUGCUGGACCUGUUAAAGAAUCUGUUAGUCCUGGACUUGUGGCAGAGGAUGUGUCCCCUGGCUCUGGUCCACCAGACAGAUUAUGGAAACUAACCCUUGACAAAAACCCGCCCCCUGGUGUUAAACUUGUUUUGUUUCUUCCUGUGUGUCCAACUGAAAGCAAUGGCGAUCCCCUCUCACCUGCAAUUUCUACACACCUAGGAGUGGAUGCUGCUCUGGGAGUGCAGCUGAACACCCCUCUGGAUUUGGCAUCUGGUAUUAAACAGGAUCCAGAAUGUGAAGCACCUUUGGAUUUGUCUAAAAAGUGUGACUCAUCCAAGUCUGCUCUGAGGGACAUUCCUCUUCACACUGUUAAAAAUGAGCCUCAAGAAUUUGAAAUCUCAGGAGAGACUAAUGGCAAAGGAAAAAAAGUUUGCAAAAGCAGUGACAGUGAAGCAACUGUUACAACAAAUCCAGGAGAGGCAGGAACUGAAGUGAAGCAGUGCAAAAUGGACCCGAAGGAUCUCUCCCCUCUUAAUACUUCAUCUGAACUAAUUGUGGAUAUUAAGAAAGAGCCUCAGUCUGAUGGCUUGGAUUGUGAUUUAGGGUCUGCAAAGUCCUGCUAGCUCAUAAACAGGAUGCCAGAGAAAGAAAUUCUGAUGGAGGUUGACGUUUCACACCUUGCAUGUUUGGAUAAAGAGAAAUUAAAUGCGCUGAAGGCAGAAAAAAAUAUUCUGUGGUCACAUUUUCUACCCUUCAUAGACUUGCCUGCUUAUUUUUGAAUGUGGAUAAAUGACAAAGCAGAAUUUCUUUUGUGUAUGAGUGGAUUUAUAUCUCGAUCAGAACCUCUAUCGGAUGAUUGUAUGACUUUUGCUGUAAGAAAAGACGGAUUGUUUUGUUCUUUGAUUCCUAACAAAACUUUCCGAUCUCCAUUUGACAAAAUUUUAUUUCUGAAUAAGACUUGUAACUCUGACCACCAGAGCAAAAUGGUACUGUAAUAAUUAUAAAGUCUAUGUAGUGUACAUUGGGUUUGUGGAUCUAUUAUUAAGUUAAAUGAAAACACGGGGUUUCUUGGUAUUCAGCUGAAAACUUGAAAUGGAUGCGUUUUUGCCUAUAUAUACUUUACCUUUAGUUCCAUGUUAAGUAUUGUAUUGAUGAAUACAUAAGCAAAUAACAGCACCUCUCAUUGAUAUUAUAAUAAUACUUAUCGAAAAGUCGGCAGGUAUGUUUAUGUUUUUCUAAAUGCAAAUAAACAUGUUCUUAUGCAAUAUUA